CGCGAUCGAUAUCGGGAUUGGGGUAGCAAGAAGGUAUUGACGCCGCCGAUGAUAUUGGACCAUGCAGCGCUGGAGAGCAUGGGGUAUUGGGAGGAGGUUGAUGACUUCCUCCAUGACCUCAAAUGGAGGCGCUUGCUUUCACUCCGUGCACAAGCUAGCGUGCCACUAAUGAUGUAGUUCAUCUGCUCGCUGAGGUUCGGCGUUUAUGGGAGCAGAGUUCGAGAUGUGGAGGGAGUCCAUCCCUCAGUACGGAUGACGUUCACGCUUCGUGGGACGAGAUUUGAUAUUCCCGUUCUUGAUCUAGGACGCCUGCUGGGGAUAUAUACUCCUGAGGAGACGAGCUCACCGGACUUUCUUGCCCUGCCACAUCGACUUCCUUUGGAUGUUGACGUCAAGGCAUUUUGGAGGACUCAUUCACGUAGCACUAGAGACUUCAGCAACAAAUACAGCUCAUCAUCCGAUUGGAGGAGUCCCGCGUGGAGGAUACUUAGUCACCUCCUCUGCUGCAGCUACUUUGGGCGUCAUAAGAACGCCAACAGAGUUUACGACACUGAUCUGAUCUUCUUUUGGAGCCUGGAGAGCCACACACCUGCUGGACCCAUUAUCACUCUGUUGGUGCGCGCCCUCGUGCCUACCAUCGUCAUCCCAGACCAUCUCCCCGAGGAGUCUAGUGUACGGCCUAUCACUCUGGAGUCUCUCAUCCACAUGGGAUUCAGAAAGAGGCCACGCGACACUAGAUACGAGCCAGAUCAGGACACGGGCACGGGUAGUCCUUCAUACAUGCCGGCGAGCAUGCCCGCAGAUGGAGCCUCUUCCUCUGCUGUUCCACGUCCAUUGCCUACUACAUUUGAGGAGCUAACCACUGCUUUUGGUGAUCUCCAGACAUCGAUUGAUUCACGCUUCCAGCUUUAUGAGCAGCGGUGGACCGCCUUUGAGCAUUGUCAGGAGACUUGCUGGAAGGAAAUCCAGGAUCAUCAGCAUCGCAUUGAGACUAGCCUUGCAGACAAGGUCAAAGAGCUGGGUAGAAGGGAAGGGUUCUAUAAUGGAAUCCCUUCAAUCAGCUUUACGGUAGAAGAAGAGGACAUACUGGAGAGCAAAAUGAACUUCUCAGCAGUUGGAAGGUUCAAUAAGGAGCAACACUUAUCAACAUUAAAGGCAUUCAUGCUAAGGGUGGGUUUCAGCAAUUUCAAGAUUAGAAGAAUCAACUCAAGGGACAUACUGUUUACUUUCAAGAAUGAAGAUGACUACAUCAGGUUCUUGAAUGCAUGGUUAAAUCACCACUCUUUCCUCAAGAUGGUCUCUGAUCACUGGGAUAGUAGCAGUCAUCAUGGGGGUAUGGAUGGUCUAGCAUUCAAAUUGCAUGGGCUAAAGAGACACAUCAAAGAGUGGAACAUAAAGACUUUUGGUAAUGUGGUUAAUAAACUAAAGGAAGCCGAGGAAACAGCAAUUAAGGCUCAGGAACAAUUUGAGAAGGACCCAACACCAGAAAAUAGGGAAUUGGAUAAUAAGGCAAAGGCUCAGUUGAUAAGGGCUACAGAGAAUGAUCUAAGCUUUUGGAAACAGAAAGCUAACCUGAAAUGGAUGGAAGAGGGGGACUGCUGUUCCAAAUUCUUUCACUCCUAUGUCAAAGCCAGAAGAUCUAAUCAUCAAAUCAGAAGCAUAAUGGAUGAGAAGGGGAAAGAACACAAAGAUAUGGCAAUUAUUAAACAAAUGGCUAUAGACUACUACUCCAAGCUCUACAACAACUCCAAAGAUGUAGAUAUGGAGCCUGUUCUACAUUACUUGGACAAACCUAUCAGCCACCAGGACAAUAUCAAUAUCAGCAAGGUACCAAACGAAGAGGAAAUCAAAGAAGCUGUAUGGAGUUUGAACCCCAACAGUGCUCCUGGACCUGAUGGGUUUAAUGGCUCCUUGUUAGGCGUGUCGUAGCACCUACAAAUUAAUUUAUUAUUUUCCUUAACUUCAAUCCCCCUUUAUGAACUUGUAUUCAUUAAAACAUAUAGAUAGGGCAAGCGCGCGUUCCUAAUUUGGCCCAGUUUAAGUAAAAUCUGGUGAAUAAUAGUUCUCAGAACACCUUUUUGAGUUUAGAUUUAACAGUAGCAUAGAGCUAAAAUCUCUUCAAAGUCAAAUUAAUUCAACAAACAAAGAUUCAAUCUUUUUGUCAAACAAUCUAGCCUAAGAAGCCUAGUAAUAUAACCAAGUAUAAUCAAAUACGGAGUAAAAGGAGUAAAGUACAAAAUGCUCCCCUGUUCUGCUUCUUUGUUCUUCGUCACUUUGCCGCCAGAGAAGAGACACCAGACUUAAGCCACUGCCUUCUUCAAUAGCUGCCGUGCCUUGUGUCGCCGUCGCCACCAUCACCGAACCUAGGGUCGGAACCCUAGGUCGGCGGUGGAAAUCCUUGCCGCUGCUAUGUUCCUCUCUCUCGGUUAUCUGAUCUCCCUCUGGAUUUGGGGUUGAAGAAGAAGAUUUUCUUGUGGCUUUUGUCUCCU